ACAAGCAUGUCUACACCUACGGCGGAAAAGAGAACUCGAUCGAGAAGAACAAGUCUGAAGAAUUCGCAAUAAUAUUUAUAUGGUUGAAAUUCGCACGAGCGAAGAAAGAUAUUUUUGGAAAAUCGCACAUUUUAUUAUAAAGUUCAUUUAGUGUGUGUAUUUAGACGUAAUAUAUAUUUUUUUUAAUUUUCCUAUUUAUGAUUUGUUGAAAAAUAUUAAUAUGGUUAAAAAAAUUAUUUACUAUAGAAAAUAGAAUAUCCCAUAUACAUUUCUUUUUCGAACAAUUGUCCUUGAUUACCACGAGAAAAUUGAUUCAUAUAAAAAAAACGUAUCACUCUGUAUACGGGCAGCUUUUAGCCGUGGUCGCAUAAAUUAUUGACAUAUUUCCUUAUAGUCCUAGCAUCGCAGCACACUACUGACGGGGUAAAAUCGUUCACAGUCAUCCUGGAAUGAGUCAUACUAAACGAGGAUGCAUUGUACAAAAAUCAAGCCAACCAUUCCGCCACUUUUUGUAAUUCGUAAGAUGAUACAUAAUAGAUAUACUACACCGAUGACAAUACAAAGACAGUUCAUGCUUAUUCCAGACCAAACAGCGCGACCUUUUUUUUUAUUUACCGAAUAGUAUUUCAGACAUAUCUCGAGUCGACUUCUUUGUUAGAGUCUCCGAGUAUAUUUAUAUUCAUCUGAUGACGCGGAGCAUCAACAACAGCCACAACAACAUCCAGACAUAAUACAUGCUAAUUUUAUUUGAAAUCUUCGAUAUUGCAAUUAUUUUCCAGCAUCCGGUCAACAAGACACCUUCAUCCCAAAGUAAUCCACAAGUUGAUGUUUCUAUAGGGCAAAAUCAUUUUCAAUACACAAUAUCACGAACAAUAUAUUUUCUCAGCCCAUUAUUAAUUGCAGCAUAUAUUUUACGCGCAUUAUAAAAUGGGUUUACAUGCGCAAGGUCAAUGCUCAGAAGAUUUUAUGAAAUUUUAUCCUCAUAUAGCCGCCGCGUAUGGGCAGUGAAUCGCAAAUAAAAGAUCGCAGUAUAUCCUCGCACGCACUUCGGCGGGAAGCCCCUUGUUAGUCCUGUGUUGACUUGGCAGUUGGCGCUAUAACAAAACUUCCUCCGCUGCAUGUUUACGAUAUGUGUGGAGGGGAUAUUUCGAGUGCAUACGUGCAUCAGACUAAAGGUGCACCUAUAUAAGGCUCAUCCUCGUGUCCCACGCGACACAAUCUUCCAACAUGCUGCGAUACUUGACGCUGAUGGUUUUCAUCGCGCUAUGGGCGAGCUUAGCCUCUACUCUACCCACGAGCGUAGAUCCUGUAAAAACUAUAACGAACGUGGAACUACCGGAUAAGCACGACGCGGAGGCAGAAAAGACUGACGAUUUGGAAACCGACGCUACUUUCUGGGGAGGCUACGGAGGCUGGGGUAGGCGACGUUACUACGGCGGCUGGGGCGGACGACCCUACUACCACGGCUGGGGUGGCCGGGGUUACGGUUGGGGAGGAGGAUACUACGGCGGAGGCUGGGGAGGUCGUUAUGGAGGCUGGGGUGGAUACUACUGGUGAUCACAGCUAUUCAUCCGUUUUUUGAUCGAUAUUCAUGUACUCAUACUGUAUAAGCAUGCAUAAUCAUUGUUUAUUUUUUAAAAAGUGGCCAAUUUUGAACGUAGACUGUAAAAUUAGUAUAUCUGUGUAAACUAGAUUAAUAAAUUUAACUGUAAUUUUUAAGAGAGCAGAA